UUUCCGCCAACUUCAACUUAUAGUGCAAAUUUUUACUUUUUUCAGGCGCAACAGUUUUCGUAAGAAACGGAAUGAGAACAUGAGGCUCAUCCUGGUGACAUUGGUUGGAGUUGUUUCCGGCUUCUUGUUUGGAGUAUCGUAUCCUGUACUUUUGUCUGAAAAGAUGACUUCGAUCUUCGCGAUAACAAAAGCUCAGGAUUUUAAAGACACAUGGAAGAUAUGGGUUCCAUCAAAUCCUCGAGGUGCAGAAAGAUUAGUGCCAGGCAUUGUUGUGCCUCAUUCAGACCUUUAUCUUCGAAGAAUGUAUGGUAAACCCAGUGAGGACCUAAGUAUCACGCCAAAGUAUCUUGUGACUUUUACAGUUGGUUAUAAUCAGAGGCAUAAUAUCGAUGCUGCUAUUAAGAAGUUUUCAGAGAACUUCACAAUUCUUCUGUUUCAUUAUGAUAAUCGAGCAAGUGAAUGGGAUGAAUAUGAAUGGUCAAAGAAGGCUAUCCAUGUCAGUGCCCAGGGGCAAACAAAGUGGUGGUAUGCAAAAAGAUUCCUUCAUCCUGACAUCGUUGCAGCUUAUGACUACAUAUUUAUCUGGGAUGAGGAUCUUGGUGUUGAGAAUUUUGAUGCUGAGGAAUACAUUAAACUUGUGAAAAAACAUGGUUUGGAGAUUUCACAGCCUGGUUUGAAACCUGAGAGUGGACAAGCAUGGAGAAUGACAAGAAGAAUGAAAGACCGUGAAGUUCACAAAAAAGCAGAGGAGAUACCAGAAUGGUGCAAGGAUCCUCAUUUGCCUCCCUGUGCAGCGUUUGUUGAAAUAAUGGCUCCUGUAUUUUCCCGUGAUGCAUGGCGAUGUGUGUGGCAUUUGAUCCAGAAUGACCUGGUCCAUGGAUGGGGACUCGAUUUUUUCCUCCAGCAAUGUAUUGAGCCUGCUUAUGAGAAGAUAGGAGUCGUAGAUGCACAGUGGAUCGUUCAUCAAGGCAUUCCAUCACUUGGUGAUCAGGGGAAAGCUGGUGAUGGGAAAGUACCAAAGCAAGGGGAAACGAGGAUGCAGGUGAGGAAGAGGUGCAGACUAGAAUGGAGAAUGUUUGGACAACGGUUUAAAGAUGCUGAAAAGGAUUAUUAUUCAUCUAUGGGUGUUGAUCCUUCCAAUAUUCCCUAUCAUACCAAUUUUCACAAAAGCAUGAGGAUGAACAACCACAGCCAGAUCACCAGCAGGCUCAGGCCACCGGCUAAAAAGGUCUAGUUUAGAGCCUUAAACAUAUUAUUGUAGUACUUAUUAAGUCCAGCAAUCUCAACAUUUUCGUUCUUGAACUUUUUAUCUUUAUAGAGGAAAGUAAGAUUUACAGAGAAUUAUAUUAAUCAAUCACACACUAA